CUCUCCGGUUCUGGACAUAGCGCACCCAACGGGCCCUCGCUUUCGCACACAUCUUACAGGUCAUCGAGACAGGCUAUGCACUCAAAGCCAUCAGCGAAGACUCCAGCUCUGACCGGUGCAUACGUCGACUAGUCCGCAUUCUUACCGACCUCGUCGGAAGCCUCCCGGAGCGACUGGCAAUUCAUGAGACGUUCUUGAUCCAAAAUCAUUCCGUCACGGCUGGCGGCUUCUUACUUGCAUACCAGUGCGAGUUUCUCGUGACCGACUUUCGGCUUGCGGGUUUCAUCAAGAGCGAAUCAAAGAAGAUACAACCCGAGUGACACUGCGAUCGACGCACUGAAAGGGACACAUCCUUCGAAAACCCAUCGAAGCUGUGCACAGCGCUGAAUGUGUGGUUUUUCUGGCUGCUUGUUCUAUAACAUUGGGAAAAAGGGAAAGACUACAU